AGUCCAGUAGUUUGGGUAGCACGGCUGAGCACAAGUGGUGCUCCUUGCAUCUCCCUCCCCCUGGUCUUCAAAGCUUAGUGCUGGGCAAAAUUGUGUCUCCAGAUGAACAGUUAUAUCCAUCUCAGGUAAUAUGUAUUUGAAGCCACGUAAUGUUUAACAGAGGAAAACAGCAGUAUGACUAAAGCAGCAAGAAACAGCACAACCCAUAUGAGAGCAAGAGCCUUCUGAAUGUAAUUAGCUGUGAAGAAAGAUGAAGGUCACCCUCUCACUGUGCUUUCUGGUGGCCUUGCUUCACCUCAGUGUUCACAGCCUGACCCAGACUGACCACCACAGUGACCAGCCCAAUGCAACUGAACCCCAGGAGCAACAUUCCCACGAGGGAGAUCCUCUUGAGUCCUGCCAGCGGAUAGUCCCCAGCAACACAGACUUUGCCUUUCGGUUUUACAGGCAAGCAACCACCCAAGAACCUGGCAAGAACAUUUUCUUUUCCCCAGUCAGCAUCUCUGCUGCCUUUGCCCUUCUGGCCCUGGGCUCCAGAGCCACCAGCCAGGCUCAGGUGCUGGAAGGACUGGCCUUUAACCUCACCAACAUUCAGGAGGAGGAGAUACAUGAUGGCUUUCGUCAUCUCCUCCUCUUGCUGAACCACCCUGGCAAUCAGGUGCAGCUGAGUAUGGGGAACACCCUGUUCAUGGACAAUCACCUGAAGCCACUGAAAACAUUUCUGAAGGACAUCAAAAAACUGUACAGAGGAAAUGUUGUUUCUAGUAACUUCCAGAAUUCCACUGAAGCUAAAAAAGAGAUCAAUGAUCAUGUAAAGAAUGAAACUCAUGGGAAUAUAAAGCAAAUACUUAAAGAACUUGAUCCAAACACACUAAUGGUAAUUGUUAACUAUAUUUAUUUCAAAGCCUACUGGGAAAAUCCUUUCAGUAUUAGGGGGACCCACAAGGAUUAUUUCCAUGUGAAUGCGAAGACCUCAGUUGAAGUGAAGAUGAUGACUCGAGAUGGAUUUUAUAAAGCAUACUCUGACAGGAAGUUGUUUUGCAAGGUGGUGCAGAUUCCUUACAAAGGAGAUGUUGCAGCACUGUUUAUCCUGCCCAAUGAAGGAAAAAUGAAACAGUUGGAACGUGGCCUGACAAAAGACACAGUGUCUAAAUGGGAAAAAUCACUUCAAAGACGGAGGAUAGAAGUGCAUAUUCCAAAACUAUCAGUUUCAGGCACCUAUGACUUAAAGAAGAUCUUAAUGAAUCUGGGUGUAACUGAUGUGUUUUCUGAUCAGGCUGAUCUGUCUGGAAUCACAGGAAACCUUGAUGUGAAGGUUUCAAAAGCUGCUCACAAGGCCCUGUUGAAGAUUCAUGAGAAUGGCACAGAGGCUGCGGCAGUCACUGGCAUAGAUUUUCUUCCUCAUUCUGUUCCUCCUAUUGUUAAGUUCGACCGUCCAUUUUUGCUGUUGAUUAUUGAUCAAUAUACUCAGAGCAUCCUCUUCAUGGGAAAAAUUGUAAAUCCAACUGAAAAAUGACUGGUCAGUGACUGGUCUUAUUGAUUUGAAUUGUAUUUUAUAAAAUUAUCAUUUCUUAUGUUUAAAAUUAUAUCAAAACAGCUACUAACAAUUUUCUUUUUCCAAAGAAGUCAAGUAAGAGUGUGUCUUAAAAACACUGUUCUUGCUUUCUCCUUCAGUAGAAAGUAACAACUGACAUACACCUGUUAAUGAAUUAUGAAGAAUUUUGUAAAUCAGCCUUUUAGUGAUAAGUGCCAUGUUUGAAAAGCAAGGUAAUAUCCAGCUGAGACAAUCAGUUUAAAACACUGUAAAUAAAUAAAGUACAAAUUAAGAGGCCAUGUCUGAUUUGUGGGUAGGAAGGAAAGAAAGUGCUGAGGUUUGCUCCAGCUGCUGCUGGUUCUCACCAGGCCCUGGUGCUGAAGGGCUGAUGUGGAAAUUUAAAAUACAAAUGUAGUCCACUCAGGAAUAUUUUAGUUCUUCUCUUCCAUGUGAAUGUUAUUGAUGAAAAAAGUCAUGUUCUAUUUCCAUGAGAAAAUGAUUUCUCCCCUCUCUGAGGAUGUCUGUGUCAAUUUGACACACCUUUCCUAACGCAGCCUUACGAAUCCAAGGCAGUGUCAAAAUCCAAAUCCAAGACUUGGCACUUGAGAAGAUAUUGAGCAAGACAAGAGAUGGAUGCUGACAGAAACAGAGCCAGUCUGGUGUGAUGUCAGCUUGGCUCCCUCCCUGUUCCAUCCUGUGGGAUCAAACGCAGAUGCUUAAGAAUGAUAAACAUAUUUAACACUGCUCAGGGGUAUAGCAGCAUGGACUGAGGUUAAAAAACCAGACUCUUCUCAGUGUGUUGGACCUGAUUCAAUUUCUUUAAAUAUAAUGAAACAGGUGAACAGGAAUUUAAUUUUUUUAAUCAGAAAUUUGAGUCAAUAGUGUCAUGAGUUCAAUUUGAUAAUAGAGCAAUUACUAUCCAAGAAGGAGCUACUCUCUAGAGUUCAAUCUCUCCAAGGUAACUGUUGCCUACCCACACCAGUCUGUGCAGUUAGAGAAUCUGCCUUGAGUACAGGAUAUUCAGGAACAUUCAUGGUCAGACGUACCCCUUUCCUGAAGGCAGUCAGUCUCACACCUCCAACAUCCUAAACUCCAGGCUGGUCAGGCCAACCCUUGCAAAAGGAUAGCUAGCAUUGGACCUGAAAUUCUGGCAAGGAUUUUUGCCUGGAAGAUGGAAAUACAAGCCUGCCCUUCCAUGGAUGGAGAAUGGGUUUGGUGGAUAAAUCCAAAUGAAUUCUCUGCAAAAUACACUGUUGAGUAGGUAACGGCUGAAGCAACUAUAGCUUCUGACAUUGGUAGGGUUUCCAGUAAAAGGAAGGCAUAGCUGCAAACCACACACUGGGAGAGUCAGUCACUUUCAGACCAUGCCUAGGGGCUUCCUUUGAAGGUCAAGUCUUUUGCUAUACUCCCCUUUAUGACACUCACAGCUGAUGGCAUCCACCCACAAUGUCUUGGCUUCUUUGAGUCCCCCUUUAAGUAAGAAAUGCUACAUAAACAUCCUAAGUGGAAGCAGUGGCUAAAGUAGAGCUGCAGAAUGCUUUAGUCAGCUAAAUACACAAAAAGUGUUACUAAAAUUGUGUUAUAGACUUGAUCAUGUAUUUCUUGUAAAUAGAAGUUCCUCUAAACAGAAGUUCAGAAGCAAUAGAGUAUGAAUACCUGGAAGGAAUAAAACAAACAUUGAGAUUAAUCAUA